GCCAUUGAUAUCGACGUUAUUACCAUUAGCAAAGUGUGCGGGUGUGUUAGCUAGCCAAUUGUGCAGUUUAGAACGCAUCUCAUCCAAGGCAAAACAGCCUGACGGACAAUCGCAAAUGCGACAUAUGGUGUGGUGAAGUAUACAGGUGUAAAGUAUAUAUCCGGAACGUCCAAGUGAAAACCACGGCUACAACAUCAUCUUUGACCAAAAGCGAAGUAGCGGAACGACGCAGUGCAGUAGCAGUUGAGAUAUGCAAGGUGAUUUACAACAACCGGCGUGGGCGUAAUCACCGUAAGGGAUUGGACUCUGUGUGAGCCUCAUACCUGUCAAGUUAACGCCAAUCAGUCGUAAAGCUGCUUCACUUCGGGGGCUGACAACGGACGGCAAAUUUCUCAAUCAAAUACAACCUUCAAACACAGAAGACGCAGGUCUGACGAAACUAAUAAUCUCAACGAUCAGUAGACCAACACUCGACGUGUCCACGCGGUGGCACGAUGGCACUGAAGAAGGUAAAAGGCAACUUCGAACGAAUGUUCGAUAAAAAUCUCACCGAUCUAGUACGCGGCAUACGGAACAACAAAGAUAACGAGGCCAAAUAUAUUGCUCAGUGCAUCGAGGAGAUCAAACAAGAACUGCGACAAGACAACAUCAACGUGAAGAGCAAUGCGGUAGCAAAGCUUACUUACCUACAGAUGUGCGGCUACGACAUUUCCUGGGCCGGCUUCAACAUCAUCGAAGUGAUGAGUUCAAACCGGUUUACGUGCAAGAGGAUUGGCUAUUUGGGAGCCAGCCAGUGCUUCCAUCCAGAAAGCGAGCUGUUAAUGCUAACCACCAAUAUGAUUCGGAAGGAUCUAAGUUCUACUAAUCAGUACGAUGCUGGUGUGGCUUUGUCUGGUCUAAGCUGCUUCAUUUCUGCCGACCUCUCGCGGGAUUUAGCAAAUGACAUUAUGACACUGAUGAGUUCCACGAGACCGUAUCUGCGUAUGAAAGCGGUGCUGAUGAUGUAUAAAGUGUUCCUGCGGUAUCCGGAAGCACUUCGACCGGCCUUCCCCAAGCUGAAGGAAAAGCUCGAGGAUCCUGAUCCAAGCGUACAGUCGGCGGCAGUAAACGUGAUUUGUGAACUGGCUCGUAAAAAUCCCAAAAACUAUCUUUCGCUGGCACCGAUCUUCUUCAAACUCAUGACGACAUCAACAAAUAACUGGAUGUUGAUUAAGAUCAUCAAAUUGUUUGCCAGUCUAACCGCGAUCGAACCGGCAUUGGGUAUGAAACUGACACAUCCACUAAUCGAGCUGAUUUCCAGCACAUCGGCAAUGAGCCUUUUGUACGAAUGUAUCAAUACCGUGAUUGCAGUCUUGAUUAGUAUUAGCAGCGGCAUGCCGAAUCACAACGCUUCCAUUCAGUUGUGCGUUCAAAAGUUACGUAUCCUCAUCGAGGACUCUGACCAAAAUCUGAAGUAUCUCGGACUAUUGGCAAUGUCGAAAAUAUUAAAAACACACCCGAAAAGCGUACAGACUCACAAAGAUCUGAUACUGUCGUGCCUCGACGACAAGGACGAAUCUAUCCGAUUGAGGGCGCUUGAUCUGCUCUACGGCAUGGUGUCGAAAAAGAACCUUAUGGAAAUCGUACGCCGCUUGCUCAGGCACAUGGAACGCGCAGAGGGUUCAUCCUACCGCGACGAGCUUCUUUUCAAGGUGAUUGAAAUCUGCUCGCAAGGAUCAUAUCAGUACGUAACGAAUUUCGAAUGGUACUUGACCGUACUGGUCGAGUUGGUAUUACUUGAGUCUGCCUCAAAGCAUGGUCAACUGAUUGCUGCCCAACUGUUGGACGUAGCUAUUCGUGUUCAAGCUAUACGCACGUUCGCUGUCAACGAAAUGGCCACACUUCUUACCUCGUACCCAGUGUCUUCAGCAAACAGCACUAUGCACGAAGUUCUUUACGCAGCCGCUUGGAUCGUCGGUGAAUUCGGUAACAACCUCGAACGGCCGGAACAAACGUUAGCGGUAUUGUUGCAACCAAAACCCGUUCCCGGCCAUAUAUUAGCGGUGUACGUGCAGAAUGCGCUUAAACUGUUCAUGUACCUUGCCGAACGUGAAAUGGAACGUAACGAUGCUAACGCUCUGCGUGCUCACUGCGAAACUCUUUUGGUUGGACUACCCGCUUUCCUUAUAUCGCCCGACAUCGAGGUUCAGGAAAGAGCCAGUUCCGCAUUCAUUCUUGUUCAGCUGCUUCAUGAGCUAGUAGAUAAAAGUACCGAAGGUGACCCUACCGACUCCUGCCAAACGGCCACCAUUCCGGUUUCUGCCGCACAGUUGCUGGGCGAGUUACGUGAAAUCUUUUGUUGCGAAUUAAAUCCAGUUGCAUCGAAAGCCCAACGCAAAGUGCAACUUCCCGACGGACUUGAUCUUGAUGCAUGGAUCAACAUGCCCCCAGCGGCUACAUCGGCAGAUGAUAGUAGUUUGGAGGGAGCGUCAAGUGAUGAGGACAAACAUUUUCCCCUAUUUUUGCCGCCCUCGGCACGCCGCGGUAACGAUCGUGAGAGGAACGGUGGCCAUUCUACGUCAGGCAAACGAGAAGAGCACACACAAGAAGACCUCAACAAGAUGCGAGAGGCACGGUUGUUGGAGCAGACAAACAAUCCCAACUAUCUGAAAUCGAAUAAAAAGGGUACCAGCGGUGGGAUUGGGUCGAAGGAAAAUUAUGAGGACAUUCCUAUAGCUGAAAUAGCGCUAGAAAUACCGCUUCAGAUACAUUCCACAAAACGUUCAGAACAAUAUCUGCAGGAGGGAAGAUCUGGUACUGUGGCGGGCUCUUCAAAAGGACCGAAAGAUGGCAGAAAAAGUGAAAAGGGGAAAAAGGCAAAGAAAAAGGGGAAAAAAGGUAAACGGUAUUCAGAAGAAUCGGAUUCGGAAAGUGAUGAUAAGAAACCAGUGCAUGUCGUCAACACAGUGAUCGAACUUCCCGAGGGAGCAAUUUUGUCAGAUUCCGAAGAUAAGAACUAUGACGAUCCAAAUGACCCUCAUCGAGCACUUGACAUCGAUUUGGAAGCACCGCUUGAAGAAGAGAUGCCCUUGAAACGUCCGUCAGCAAACCGAUCCAAAUGGCAAACAGGUACGGCGAAGGACAAUCGACCCUAUUACAACGACGACAAAGUAGUGAAGUCCAAGGAGAAAAAAGAAAAAAAGAAAAAGCGGAAUAAUAACGUUGAAGAAGCGAAUGAUGGAGCGAUAAUGCUGAUGAUCGAUGUGAUUCCUACACCUGCCGAAAACUAUCACUAUCCCGGAGAAGGUGGUAGUAGCACGCACGCCAGCAAUGAUGCAGAGAAGGUGGAGCGAUGCGGAACAGAGUCUAGUAAUUUAUUAAUGAUAACGCAGGAUAGCAAAGAGCAUCAGGUAGAGACAGCGGGGGAUGGGAUGAAUGAAUCAAACAGGCGAAGGGAAAAACGUAUUGCAAAGAAACAAGGGAAAAAAUCGAAAAACAAUGUGUGUCAUAGCGCCAGGGAUGGACGAAAGCCUGGAGUGGAACCGGAGUUAUAACCGGGUUACGAGGAAAUGACGACCACUAGCAAAGAUGCAAUUUAACCUAAUUUCUCAUCGUCGUCCAAUCUUUCGCAUUCAUUUACUGCUGUAAGUCUAGUAGGUAUUCGAAUGGAAUAUUAAAGUGCUAAAUAAAAGAGAAUCUAAA